AUGCUCAGUACCCUACGACGCCCGCACGUCCUCUCUUCUCGGCUCAGGCGCCAGAAUGGCGGCUCGUCGCCUCGAGAUUCGUCGCCACAGUUCAGACGCCUACCCAUCGAUGAUCUUUGGGAUCGCGCCAUCGAGAAAUAUGAGGAAAUCGUCGGCGCGAAAAUCGACGAGGACGAGCCUCUGAUGGCAGACCUGCGGAGUUGCGAAACUGCCGAUGCGAUUGUCGAGACAAUUGAGGAGGCAACGCGGCAGUUCAGGAAGAAGCGUGAAGGCAGUAAGGCGUCACAGAGCCUGCGAAGGGUCCUGAGACCUUUGGUGCAUGGGCUACGCGUUGUGCUAGAGACAGGUGCAGAAACGGGCUCAUCCUUAGGCAUUCCAGGAGGUAAAGGGAUAUUUGCGGCAAUCGCGGUGCUUGUCAAGGCGGCGGAAGGUGUAAGUGCGAUAUACGACGAUAUAGAUGCUCUAUUCAAGCAUUUUCAAUCAUACGUCGAAAUAUUGCAAGUAAGGGUUGAGGCGCCCAUCGGACACGGAACGCGGGACAUUGCCGUGGAAGGACUCGCGCAACUUCUGAUAGGGUUCGGGUUGGCGACCAAGGAGUUGCACAGGAGACGCUCUAGUCGUUUUAUGUUGUUCUUUCUCAACGGAGGCGGCGAGAUCCAGGCCAUCAAUCGCACUUUGCAAGACGUCGAAGUUAGGCGUGACAGAAUGGCAAUUGCAGAGCUCUCUGUUGUUGCAAGUCAGCUUUCAAGUGGCGUAGAUAAUAUCCAAGCGUCUGUAGCGCAGCUUUCAGCGCAAACAGAUACUCAAGUCGCAGACCUUUCUCUUUCGGACCCUCGAGCACACGCAGAGAGUGCGAGAAGGGGGGACGAUGAAGCUUUCGAUGAGAUGCAGGGUCUCCCGGGUUGUUUAGAAGCUGCUGAAGCCAGGCAGAGAACGAAUGGCGACGAGGACUUCUACCCCUCUGCGCUGCAACUUCGUAGUGCUUGCCGUCAAGUUCGGCGCGUCGUGCUGAGGUUCAGUUGCGAAGACCAAACAAUCAUCUGGCGCGCUCUGGGGGCAAUGCUGUCUUACAUUGUCGAUAGGGAGCGUCCACAUUCAGACCAUGAACAACUCGGAUCGACCGUCUCCAAUGAGACUCAGACCGUAGACAUGGCUUUCACAGUCUUUGCCGGACUCGGUGCAGGUUUCUUGCUCUGUUUCAUGUUCUACAAAUUAACAUCCAUUCAUUUACAUCUUGGAUGGGCGGAUGGUACUGUCAUCGUCGUGGAUGUACUAGGGCGGAGUCUCGAGCUUCUACAAGAUGAUUACAAAACCUGGGAGACGGCACAUAGCUUCCUCGUGCAAGCCUUUCGCGGCCAGCUUGGCGAGGACUACGUGCGUCAGGAAACGUACGGACUCGGUGACUCCAAACGGCUCCUCAUCGAUCGUGGAGAGUGGUCGCACAUCGUGAAGGCCGGCUCAAGGUUUGAUAUGAGUAUCAUCGUCCUUUCGGAGACGUCUCGGUGUCCAUACUGCAAGAUGGGGACGACUGGCAAAGAAGUUCAAAUCGGAGAUGGUCGCAUAAGGUGUGCUUAUGCGGGAUGCGGGAGAUUAUAUGCGUCUCAGAGUGAGGGAGACAGUGCUACAUCAAAUGCAGCUGAGCGCACGCGCAAGGAGCCUGAAGAAGACGUGGAUCAUCCCGAAGACAACUCUGAGGCUGGGCACAGUCGUUCCACAGAAUCCACACAGGAUGGUCGCCCUACAUACCUUGCAUCUGCUGGUCUGAAUGCUUUUUUCCGAAUUGUGGUGGCAUUCAGAGAACAACAAGCCACUGUUGAACGCGAACCGUCACCUAGCGAGCGACCGCCCGCAGGUACAGAGUCUGAGGCUGAUCCUCACACCCAGGGCGAUACUGAAGCUGAUGAUGCGGCGCCCGGCGCUGGUGAGGAAGGGGGAGCCGGUCUUGCACGUGAACUGUCCCCCAGCGAGUCACCGCUAGAUAACGCGGCGGCACCUGCAGGUACAGACUCUGAGGCCGAGUUUAUCACUGGAGGCGAUGAGACCCAGGGCGACACUAAAGCCAUUGAUGCAGCCCCCGGCGCUGACGUUAGAAGGAGGGCUGGAAGUUCUGGAACAGACUACGAGAUGCGACUGCACAACUAUCUUGCGAGAUUACGUCAAUUAAGUGGCUUCAAAUGGCAACUAACUAGUGAUGGGCCUCCCCACAGUAUAAUGCAUUAUGCUACCGCCACCCUGAACGGUCAGGUCAUCGGUCGAGGUCAGGGGGUUGCAAAAGGGCUAGCCAAACGCAACGCGGCCUAUCAAGCCUUGGUAGCAUUGCGUGUUGAGCCGUGA